AUGGGUUACUUAAAGCUCAUUGAAAUCGAAAACUUCAAGUCGUACAAAGGACGGCAGAUUAUUGGACCCUUUCAUAAAUUCACGGCGAUCAUCGGUCCUAAUGGAUCUGGAAAGUCGAAUCUUAUGGAUGCCAUCAGCUUUGUGUUGGCAGAGAAGACCAGCAAUUUGCGUGUGAAAACCUUGAAGGAUCUCAUCCAUGGUGCGCCCGUUGGAAAGCCGGCUGCCAACAGAGCCUUUGUCAGUAUGGUCUACCAAGAGGAUGAUGGGGAGGAACGCUCUUUCACUAGGAUGAUCAUUGGUUCCUCUUCGGAAUACCGCAUCAACAACAAAGUUGUAGGACUGCCGGAUUACAGCGAGCAGCUGGAAAAACUUGGCAUUCUGAUCAAGGCUCGGAACUUCUUAGUUUUCCAGGGUGCCGUGGAGUCCAUUGCAAUGAAGAACCCCAAGGAGCGUACAGCUCUUUUUGAGGAGAUAUCACGCUCAGGAGAGCUGGCCCAGGAGUAUGACCGGAGAAAGAAGGAGAUGGUGAAGGCAGAGGAGGACACACAGUUCAACUACCACCGUAAGAAGAACAUUGCUGCUGAGCGCAAAGAAGCCAAACAGGAGAAAGAGGAGGCUGAGCGCUACCAGCGACUGAAGGAUGAAGUGGCGAGGGCCAGUGUCCAGUUGCAGCUCUUCAAGCUCUACCACAACGAGACGGAGAUUGAGAAGCUGAACAAAGAGCUGGGACAGCGCAACAAGGAGAUCGACAAGGACCGAAAGAGGAUGGACCACGUGGAGGAGGAGCUAAAAGACAAGAAGAAGGAGCUUGGGAGGCUGAUGAGGGAGCAACAGACAAUUGAGAAAGAGAUCAAAGAAAAGGACUCUGAGCUCAACCAGAAAAGGCCGCAGUAUAUUAAGGCUAAAGAGAACACCUCGCACAAGAUCAAGAAGCUUGAGGCGGCACGGAAAUCAUUGCAGAACGCCCAGAAGAUGUACAAGAAGCGGAAGGCGGACAUGGAUGAGCUCGACAAGGAGAUGAAAGCGGUGGAGCUUGCCAAGCAAGAUUUUGAGGAGCGCAUGGAAGAGGAAGCGCAAAGCCAAGGCCAGGACCUUACCCUGGAGGAGAACCAGGUCAAGCAGUACCAUCGUCUGAAGGAGGAGGCCAGUAAACGUGCUGCCACACUAGCUCAGGAGCUGGAGAAGUUCAACCGUGACCAGAAAGCUGACCAGGACCGCCUUGACCUGGAGGAGAGGAAGAAAGUGGAAACUGAGGCCAAAAUCAAACAGAAGAUUCGUGAGAUUGAGGAGAACCAGAAGCGCAUAGAGAAGUUGGAGGAUUACAUCACCACGAGCAGGCAGUCUCUAGAUGAGCAAAAACGUAUGGAGGAGGAACUGACUGAAGAGGUGGAAAUGGCCAAGAGGAGGAUUGAUGAGAUCAACAUGGAGUUGAACCAGGUCAUGGAGCAGCUCGGCGAUGCCAGGAUCGACCGACAGGAGAACAGUCGACAGCAACGUAAGGCUGAGAUCAUGGAGAGCAUCAAACGACUCUACCCAGGCUCUGUGUAUGGCCGUUUGAUUGACUUGUGCCAGCCCACGCAGAAGAAAUAUCAGAUAGCUGUGACCAAAGUCUUGGGAAAGAAUAUGGAUGCCAUCAUUGUUGAUUCUGAGAAGACAGGCAGAGAUUGCAUCCAGUACAUCAAGGAGCAGAGAGGAGAGCCUGAGACCUUUUUGCCUCUUGACUACCUGGAGGUGAAACCGACAGAUGAAAAACUUCGAGAGCUGCGAGGAGCCAAGCUGGUGAUUGACGUGAUCCGCUAUGAGCCACCUCACAUAAAAAAAGCUCUGCAGUACGCAUGCGGCAAUGCGUUGGUAUGCGAUAACGUGGAGGACGCCAGGAGGAUUGCUUUUGGAGGACCGUACAGGCACAAGACCGUCGCCCUGGAUGGAACCCUUUUCCAAAAAUCGGGAGUUAUUUCAGGAGGAGCCAGCGACCUGAAGGCCAAAGCCAGACGUUGGGACGAAAAAGCAGUGGACAAGCUCAAAGAGAAAAAAGAGAAACUUACUGACGAGCUCAAGGAGCAAAUGAAGGCCAAGAGGAAAGAAGCAGAGCUGCGUCAGGUCCAGUCGCAGGCGCACGGCCUUCAGAUGAGACUGAAGUAUUCCCAGAGUGACCUGGAGCAGACCAAAACCCGCCACCUCUCUCUCAACAUGCAGGAGAAGUCCAAGUUAGAGAGUGAGCUGGCAAACUUUGGUCCCCGCAUCAACGACAUCAAGAGGAUCAUACAGUCCCGCGAGCGGGAAAUUACUGACCUCAGGGACCGCAUGAAUCUGGUGGAGGAUGAGGUGUUUGUAGAGUUCUGUAAGGAGAUCGGAGUGAGGAACAUCCGAGAGUUUGAGGAGGAGAAGGUGAAGAGGCAGAAUGAGAUCGCCAAGAAGCGUCUUGAGUUUGAAACACAGAAGACCCGCCUGGGGAUCCAGGUGGACUAUGAGAAAAACCAGCUGAAGGAGGACCAGGAGAAGGUGAUGAUGUGGGAGCAGACCGUAAAAAAGGACGAGGCGGAAAUUGAACGACUUAAGAAGGAGGAACACAGACACAUGAAAAUCAUUGAUGAGACAAUGGCUCAACUGCAAGACCUGAAGAACCAACAUCUCACGAAGAAAUCUGAAGUCAACGAUAAGAACCACGAGAUGGAGGAGAUCCGCAAGAGGCUGGGCGGCGCCAACAAGGAGUUAACGCAGCUGCAGAAAGAAGUGACUGCCAUCGAGACCAAACUGGAACAGAAGCGCAGUGACCGUCACAACUUGCUGCAAGCCUGCAAAAUGCAGGACAUCAGAUUACCUCUUCGCUCGGGAACCAUGGACGAUAUCAGUCAGGGGGAGGGAAGUUCCCAGAAUGACGAGUCUAACAGCCAGAGAACGUCCAGUAGUGUUCUGGCUAAAGAGGCGCUCAUUGAAAUCGACUACAGCAACCUGUCUGAAGAUCUGAAGGAUGCUUUGUCAGAGGAAGAGAUCAAGGGUGAGACGAACACGCUACAGCAGCGUCUAAACGAGCAGCAAAGCAUCCUACAGAGGAUCAGCGCCCCCAAUAUGAAGGCCAUGGAGAAACUGGAGAGCGUCAGAGACAAGUUCCAAGAGACCAGUGACGAGUUCGAGGCUGCUCGCAAGCGGGCCAAAAAGGCCAAGCAGGCUUUUGAGCAGAUCAAGAAGGAACGCUUCGAUCGAUUCCAUACCUGCUUUGAAUCUGUGGCCACCAACAUUGACGAAAUCUACAAGGCCCUGUCGCGCAACAGCAGUGCACAGGCUUUCCUCGGUCCAGAAAAUCCAGAGGAACCGUACUUAGAUGGCAUUAAUUAUAACUGCGUUGCUCCCGGUAAGAGGUUCCGACCCAUGGACAACUUGUCUGGAGGAGAGAAAACUGUGGCUGCCUUGGCACUGCUCUUUGCCAUUCACAGCUAUAAGCCCGCACCCUUCUUUGUCCUCGACGAGAUUGACGCCGCGCUCGACAACACAAACAUCGGCAAGGUGGCGAAUUAUAUCAAAGACCAGUCGGUGGAGAACUUCCAAGCCAUCGUCAUCUCCCUGAAGGAGGAGUUUUACACCAAAGCGGACUCGCUUAUCGGGGUUUAUCCAGAGCAAGGAGACUGUGUGAUCAGCAAAGUGCUCACCUUUGAUCUCUCCCAGCAUCCUGACGCCAAUCCGAAUCCCAACGAGUAG